AGUGAUUGACUGCCAAUCGAAAUAUGAAGCAUUCAUUGCUGAUACUUAUUUCUGUUCUAGCCGUUUCUUCAGUCGAAGCGUUCCGCCAACAUGCUCCCCCGCGUCCACAAUUCCGAGAUAUUUCCGAUUCUUCUGAUGAAUCUUCGAUAAGCUCCGAAGCAGACUCAUUUGAAGAUAACGUUGUUCAAAACAAGAACACUAAUCAACAAAGAAGAAUCGAUCCAGAUAUGAUGAUUCAAGCAAAACGGAAGUUCAACGAAGCUCCGCUGGACGUUUUUGGAAAGAAGAAAAAUACAUUCUUUGACCGUCCAUCAUCUGAAGAAUUGGAAGCUUAUGAUGAUAAGGUUAGACAACAGAAAAUGAACAGAUUUGUUGAAGACGAUGAACCAAUCAUGAUCCAAGGACCAGUUGAUCCAGAAUUCGCAAGAGGCCCAAAACCAAAGACAAUGAAACCCAAAAUGGAUGAUGCUGAAGAGAAAGUUUUCCUGACUGCUCUUGGACAAAUAUAUUUGGAUAAACUCGACGAGGAACAACGCACAAAUGAGAGAUAUCCAGGACCACUUGGACCAAUCGGACCAAUGGGACCACCACCUCCAUUGGAUUAUGAUUACUUGUUUGUUCCAGUCGAGGCUCCUAGCAAAAUGGAGUCUAAUAAUAAUGGAAACAACAAUGUUCACGUAAAUGUCAAUCAUGUUCAGGUCAACUCAAAUGUUCUUCACGUCCCUGAAAAGGACAAGAAGAAUAUUGAAAAACACGAGGACAUGCCACCAAUAAUUCCAUCUUAUCAUGACUCAGAACCAUCUUCUACAUCCCAAUUCCUUUAUUUCAACUUCAAUACAUUCGACAUUCUUGUCCUUUCUGUUCUGAUUGCUGCUUUCGUUUUCGCCACCAAGAAAGCAUAUACCAAAUGCUUUCCAAAAAAAACCGUAGCUCCGCAAUUGCCAACAACUCUUCCACCAACUUACACUCCUUCUUCUAUUGUCGUUGAGACAGUCUCCAAGAAGACACCACAGUAGUUGUAUUACUGGAAACUUUUUCAAAUCUUUUUAUUUUUAUAUACAGUAACUAAAACUUUGGUAUAAAAUGUUUGAUUAUC